GAUCAGUAAGAUACAAAACAAGAGCUAAGGUUAACUGUCGUGCAUUGUACAAUUCUUCUGCCAGGGAGAGCGCUUUCUGCCUACAGCUGCACUUGCAAGGGAGGUUGACAAUGGCUUACCUUUGGCUGGGUCUUGCUGUUUUAUUGCAAAGUCUUUUUACACCGGUAAAUUUAUGUGAAAUUCCAGAGGGUAACACUCGCCUGAUACGGUCCUUAAAUCUGAAACUACUGAGAUCAACAAUUGACAAUUCGGGUGAACCCAAUCCAAGUAUCUAUAUUGGACUUCGCCUUUCGGAAGAUCACAGUCUAGAGAGAGAAGCAGAUUAUCUCAAAAAACUUAAAUCAUCACUUGAGACUAUUACUGCAAGCUCAAACACUAACAACCAAGAGCAGCCAAGUACUGGAAUUCUAGCUCUCUAUCUGAUGGCUCUGAAAUCAUCUUGUGAAGAUAUGGAGAAGCCUGAAAGGAUGAGGUUAAUAACACGCCUUAAACAUCAGCUCCACAAGGAGAAGAAACAUAUCGUUGAAAAAGAUCAUCCUCUGACCAACUACUUCCAGUACAGCCUUGGGCUAGUAGCCUUGUGUAUACAUGACAAAAAGGUGGAUGAGCAUGUGAUUCAGAAACUGAUAAAUGUUGAAAAAAAAGAUGGAUUUGUCCAUGGUGACACACUCUCUGUAGACACAGAAGCCAUGGCAGGACUUGCAUUCCUGUGCUUGAAGCUCUCUGGGCUGUAUUCGCCUGCCCUGACAGCAGAUAUCAACCUUGCCAUUGAUAAUGUAAAGCAAAAGAUUAUCAAGUCUAAAAAUGCAGAAGGUGUCUUUGGGAACAUUUACAGCACACCGCUAGCUGUACAGUUCCUGUCUGCUUUGGGAACCUCAAAGGAUAAUGAAGAAUGUCCAAAGGCAAUCAGUGCCUUGUUGGAAGCAAUGAAACAGGGCAAGUUUUCUAACCCAAUGAUGAUGUCCCAGUUAAUGCCUGUUCUGCAUCAGAAGUCCUAUCUGGAUGUAGCUAAUAUAAAAUGCACUGGCAACAAAGACAACCUUGUUUUAAACCCCAGUACUGGGGUGCUCCCUGAUGUUGUAGAGGGCGAAGAACGGAUUAAUGUUAUAAUAACAGUUGAAUCGCCCUCAAAUCAGCCAGUUAGAGUUGGUGUUGAGGCUCCAGUACGGUCUUCACUUCUGGACAUCCUCAAGUUAGCAGAAAAGCAAAAUGAGAAUUUCAUGUUUAAGACAAAAGACAGCUUGUAUGGACCUUUUCUGGUAACGGUAAAUGGAGUUACAGGCUCUUCAGAGGAGCGAACCUACUGGCAGCUUUUGAAGGAUCCAAAUGAUCCCCUUAUCGAAGGUAUUGCUGAUUACAGGCCUGAGGAUGGAGAAGUAAUCACCCUGCGGUUGAGUAAUUGGUAAAAUGGGCUCCUUUCUUACUGACGGUGUCCUACUGGGACAUGGUCUGGUGCACAGAAACUUUCUUGUAUUGAUAUAUAGUUCUGUCUGAACAGCAGUAAAUGUUUUGUACAUAGGCAACAUAGUUAUGGUUAAUACCUCUGUAUCACUGCAAUGUAUGGGGUUCUCCAUACACAGAAACUUCCUUUUCAGGGAGACAGGUAGCCACACACUACUGGGAUUGCCUCUACCCCACAACUGCCUGGUAAUUACCAUUCAUAUAUGUUUAGGGUAAAAAUCCGCCAAGCAUUAAUCACUGGAUUGUCUAUAUUGUGCUCAAAUCUAUUAAGGUAUCGAUUUUAAAUGUAAUUUGUAAUUUACCUUAAAAAUAUAAGCGUGCAUUUCUAUUGUGUUGUUAAUUAGAAGCUUCAAUAAAUGAGAUUUUGCUAAAUGGGAAA